UUAAAAUUACGUAAUAAAAAUACUAAGAAAUGAUUCAUUUUGUUGACAUCUUUCCCAAACUUGAAAAACCUUGUAUUGCAUUUAUUUACAGCCAUCCCCUGUUUGUUCUGCCUGCAGUUAGGGGACAAAGGUCUUUGAUUUGAGGUAUUUGAACCCAGGAGGGAAGUUGAUAAAUACACUGUGUUGAAUCAGUGCUACAAACUACUGCAGAAGUGUCCUUGUUCCUUUCAAAAUAAAUAAAUCUCAACCGCUCACAGCUCUUAAUGGAGCUGAUAGAACAGUAGAGGGCGCCACUAAAUAUGAAGUCUUUAAAUUUGAAACUGAAUUGACCUUUUUAUGUGUAAUUUCAAAUUGAUUUGAGGUAUGUAAAUGCACAUGCACAGAAAUAUUCCUUUAACUAAGUAAGCCCGUGGGGCCCGUUCCUCAAGCAAGGAGGUAAGGUGGGGGGGGGGGGGGAAUGCCACCUCUCCUCUCCUCCCCCCUUUCUCGUCUUCCAGCAUCUCCUCACAGCAACUAGCAACCUCAUCAUGACCUCAGACUGAGGAAGGCGCAGCGAGGAUGCCUCCAUCACCGGAAAACUUUCACUCUCGACAACUUUGAGGAGACAGUCCCAUGGACCAUAGCAGAAGGAAGGUGGCAGCAGAGCGGAGAUGUUUACCAAGAAGCCUCCUCCAGAGGAGAAGAGAAUGGUCAGGGCCAAUGACAGAGAGUACAAUGAGAGGUUCCAGUAUGCGACGAACUACAUCACAACAUCCAAGUACAACAUCCUCACCUUUCUUCCCAUCAACCUGUUUGAACAGUUUCAGGUAGCGGCCAACACCUACUUCCUCUUCCUGUUCCUACUGCAGUUGAUUCCUCAGGUGUCCUCCCUGUCCUGGUUCACCACCAUCGUGCCCUUGGUGAUGGUACUGAGCAUCACGGCGGUGAAGGAUGCCUCAGAUGACUAUUUUCGCCACCAGAGUGACAACAAAGUCAACAACCGUCAGUCUCAGGUGCUCAUCAGUGGCUCGCUAAAGAAUGAAAAGUGGAUGAACGUUCGAGUGGGUGACAUCAUCAAAUUGGAGAACAAUCAGUUUGUGGCGGCCGACCUGUUGCUGUUAUCCAGCAGUGAACCUCACGGACUGUGUUACAUUGAGACCGCAGAACUGGACGGAGAGACCAACAUGAAGGUGCGCCAAUCUGUCUCAGUGACGUCAGAACUGGGGGACCCCAACAACUUGUCUCAGUUCGAUGGUAAGGUGGUCUGUGAACCCCCCAACAACAAGCUGGAUCGUUUUAACGGGACUCUGUACUGGAGAGACAGGAAGUAUACCUUGACCAACCAGAACAUGCUCCUUCGAGGGUGUGUACUCCGCAACACUGAGGCCUGCUACGGUCUGGUCAUCUUUGCAGGCCCAGACACUAAGCUGAUGCAGAACAGCGGUCCUACCAAGUUUAAACGUGCCAGCAUCGACCUUCUGAUGAACACGGUGGUCCUCUGGAUCUUUGGCUUCCUUGUGUGUAUGUGCAUGUUUUUAGCUAUAGGGAACGCAGUGUGGGAGCAAGUGGUAGGUUCUCGCUUUCAGAAUUACCUACCGUGGGAACCUCCAGUGAACAGCUUCAUCUUCUCGGCUUUCUUCGCCUUCUGGUCGUAUGUGAUCAUUCUCAACACCGUGGUGCCCAUCUCUCUCUAUGUCAGCGUGGAGGUGAUCAGACUGGCUCACAGCUUCUUCAUCAACCGGGACCAGCAAAUGUUCUGCUCCCGAUGCAACACAGCAGCAAAGGCCCGGACCACUACUUUGAGUGAGGAGCUCGGCCAGGUUGAAUACAUCUUUAGUGACAAGACCGGAACGCUCACUCAGAACAUCAUGAACUUCAACAAGUGCUCCAUCAAUGGAAACAGUUACGGUGAGGUGCCCGGCCCACUGGAACCCAAGCCAAAGAGGCUGGACUUCACUCCCUUCAAUCCCCUGGCAGACCCAGACUUCUGUUUCUAUGACGACACGCUGCUGGAGUCGGUCAAAGUGGGAGAUUCCUACACUCAUGAGUUUUUCCGUCUGCUCUCCCUGUGCCACACAGUUAUGAGUGAAGAGAAGAGCGAAGGAAAGUUGGUGUACAAAGCUCAGUCUCCAGAUGAGAGUGCUCUGGUGACAGCUGCGCGAAAUUUUGGCUUCGUUUUUCGCUCUCGAACGCCUGGGACCAUCACCACCACUGAGAUGGGACGACCCGUCACCUACACGCUGCUGGCCAUACUGGACUUUAACAACGUACGCAAGAGGAUGUCUGUCAUAGUGCGUAACCCAGAGGGCAAAAUCCGUCUGUACUGCAAAGGUGCUGACACUGUGCUGUUUGAGAAGCUCCACCCUUGUAACCAGAAACUGAUCAAUAUCACCUCAGACCACCUCCAUGAGUACGCAACAGAGGGGCUCCGGACGCUUACUGUAGCCUAUAGGGACCUGUCCGAAGAGGAAUGGGACACGUGGUCCAAGAACCAUCGCUGUGCUGAGAAAGAAGACCAGCUAGCAGCUGUCUAUGAGGAGAUCGAACAAAACAUGGUGAACUCUGCUCACGGGACAAAGUGCGGGCUACUUGGUGCUACAGCUGUAGAAGACAAACUUCAGGAGGGUGUCCGAGAGACCAUUGCUCUCCUCUCCCUGGCUAACAUCAAAACAUGGGUUCUUACUGGAGACAAGCAAGAGACGGCUAUUAAUAUCGGCUACUCGUGCAAGAUGCUGACAGAUGAUAUGACUGAGAUGUUCAUCAUCAGUGGGCACAGUGUCCAGAUAGUGAAGCAGGAGCUCAGGAGUGCAAGGGAAAGGAUGACUGAGUUGUCGCAAAAUAAGGAUGGUGAGAAAAACGAGGGAUGUGGAGACACCUGCUUCAAGGGUGCAACAAGAAGGAAAGGGCUGCAGCGUUCUGCAGUCUCCGACCUCAUGGACAACAUCUCUGGGGAGUUUGCCCUCGUAGUCAACGGCCACAGCCUGGCCCACGCGCUGGAAGGAGACAUGGAGGAGGAGUUUGUCGCGACGGCAUGCGCGUGCAAAGCGGUGAUCUGCUGCAGAGUCACCCCUUUGCAAAAGGCUCAGGUGGUGGAGCUGAUUAAAAAACACAAGACAGCCAUCACCCUGGCCAUAGGGGACGGAGCCAAUGACGUGAGCAUGAUCAAGACUGCUCAUAUUGGUGUUGGUAUCUCGGGUCAGGAGGGUAUCCAGGCCGUGCUGGCCAGUGACUACUCCUUCUCCCAGUUCCGCUUCCUGCAGCGUCUCUUGCUGGUGCACGGUCGAUGGUCCUACCUCCGCAUGUGCCGCUUCCUGUAUUACUUCUUUUACAAGAACUUUGCGUUCACCAUGGUGCACUUCUGGUUCGCCUUCUUCUGUGGCUUCUCUGCACAGACGGUGUAUGAUCAGUUUUUCAUCACACUCUUCAACAUUGUCUACACAUCCCUCCCUGUGCUGGCAAUGGGCAUAUUUGACCAGGAUGUGUCUGAUCAAAAGAGUCUAGAGUAUCCAAAGCUAUAUGAGCCUGGCCAACUCAACCUGCUCUUCAACAAGAGAGAGUUCCUCAUCUGCAUCGCCCAAGGCAUCUAUACAUCAAUGGUGCUGCUUUUUGUCCCUUACGCUGCCAUGUCCAACGCCACGCAGAGCAGCGGAGAGCCCCUCGCUGACUACCAGACCUUUGCUGUCACCACAGCAACAGCCCUGGUCGUUGUUGUCAGCGUACAGAUUGCGCUUGACACAUCCUACUGGACCGUCAUCAACCACGUCUGUGUGUGGGGCUCGUUGGGUUCCUACUUUCUCAUCAUGUUUGGUCUGCACAGUCAGAGACUCUUCGCCAUCUCCAUCACCCACUUCCAUUUUGUAGGCAGUGCUCAGAGCACACUAUCACAGCCGGUCGUGUGGUUGACUCUUGCGCUGACAACAGCAAUCUGUAUAGUUCCAGUUUUGGCAUUACGCUUCAUCACGUUGGUCCUCAAACCUCAGCUCUCGGACACGGUCCGCUAUGUUCAGCUCGUACUACAAAAGAAGAGGAGACCAGCAGGUAGCAGCAUGGCAUCCACCUGGUGCAAUGUGGGCAACAUUUGGAAGGACCGCCCGGGUGCAAAAGACGGUUCCCGAAGGUCCGGCUAUGCCUUCUCGCACCAGGAGGGAUUUGGAGAGCUGAUCACUUCGGGAAAGAACAUGGCCACCUUUGCCCCCAAACACAGCUCCAGCUGGAUCGACACCCUCCUCAAGAAGAAACAUGCUCACAGUUCCACCAGCGACUUGGGAGAAUGCACUCCGGCGGUCUCACACUCGUCUUCUGUUCCUGGAUCUUUGCAGGAUGUUCCCACCGAGGAGAAAAGUCAAUAGAAGCUUCCAGAAUAGAGACUGGCUCAUUCUAGCGCUCUCUAGUCUAGUCUGGCCGACAGGGGGCAAAUACGAAACAACAUCCAAACCCUCCAAACGCAGAAAAGAUCCCGAUGCUGUUGCUUUUCGAAAACCAAAAGGCAUGGUCGACAAGCACGGUGUAUCCCACCAGGCAUCCCCUAAUUGCUUAUGGUACUGUAUAGUUACAGUACAUGUACCAUAGAGGUGUGGACUCGCUACUGUCAAACAUCAGCAGCUUCACAUGUCAAGUUAGCAUACACUGAAUAACCCACAAAAAAUCCCGCGCUAAUUAGUUCUCAGUGAGAACAGUGCAAGAGGCAAAACAAGGCAAUAUAUCACGUCAACUUCUCAACACCAUGUCAUUUGGAUGUCUGCAUCAUAUUGAUGUGUUUUAAAGAACUGACAAAAAGCUACAUGCUUUUGAUUGUAGGGAUGAUUCACUUCGUCCUGUCAGGUAAAAAGAUGUAUGAAAUGACCCUGAGGCUCACCUUGGAAACAAAGUGGGAAAACUUGGGAGAAUGUGGGAGAGGGUUUUGUGUGAUGACUCAUGCCUUCACACUGUAUGGAAUGUGCUUGAGGUGCUUUGUUCCUGAUCAAUGGGACGUAUUUUGGUGUUUUUAGGUCUUAGUGUGUGGAAUUUCUCUCCUGCAAACGCUUCCAUCGGAAUAGGACUAAAAACAUGAAACAAUAUUGUCUUAAACAUGACAGUUACAGUAUGGAAUCAUUAUACAUUUAAAUAUCUAGCUGUCCUUCCUUGGAUACAAACCCACAACUUCGAAACACGACUUUUCAUUAAGGAUUUAGCUCCCAAUUUUUGGCAAAAAAUGACACACUCUUCUUGGGGAAAAAACAAACCAUCACAAAAUUUGGAGAUAAUGUGCUUUUCAUUGGGCAAAAGAAAUCCCAAAAUUUGGAGAUAGAUGAUUUUCAUUGAGUAGAAAAACCUCACAAAAUUUGGAGAUACAUGGUUUUCUUUGGGCAAAACAAAUUACAAAAUUCGGAGGUACAUGCUUUUCAGUGAGGAAAAAAGGCACACAAUUUGGACAUGCAUGGUUUUCUUUGGGCAAAAGAAAUCACAAAAUUUGGAUAUGCAUUCAUUUCAUUGGAUAACGACACCUCACAAAAUUUGGAGAUAUAUGCUUUUCAUUGGGUAACAAAACAUAAAAAAUUUGGGGAUAUAUGACUUUCGUUUGGUAAAAAAAACACACACAUUUUGGAGGUGCACGCUUUUCAUUGGGCAAACGAAAUCACAAAAUUUGGAGAUAUAUGCUUUUUAUUGGGUAAAAAAAAAACUCACAAA